AGGCAGUCAGCAAAAAGACUUCCACUGAAUUUGCUGAGGCAUUGCACAAGGGAGAGAUUCGUUAAGCCCGAGGAAGAGGAGACUGCUGGUUUUGGGGGACAGACUCUGGUGAUCAUUACUGACUGUCUCUUCUUCUGUAAUGAGAUGGACUUGCAGGGGAAGGACUCUGUCAAAUCCUGAAAUCAUCGAGGUGGUACCUCACCAGGCAGACACGUGAAGAUGGAGGAGACCGGUGGUGGUUCCGUUUAUCAGCCCUUGGAUGAGUCACACCAUGUUCAAAGAGGAGUACUGCAAGCCCUCGGGGCCAUCCAGAUCCUGAAUGGAAUACUGAUUCUAGCUCUGGGUAUUUUUCUGGCUUGUUUACAACAUGUGUCCCACCACUUCAGGCAUUUCUUCUUCUUCACCUUCUACACAGGCUACCCACUCUGGGGUCCUGUGUUUUUUAUCAGCUCAGGAUCCUUGACUGUUACAGCAGGAAGAAACCCCACAAGAAUGCGGAUGCAAAACAGUUUUGGGAUGAAUAUUGCCAGUACGACAAUUGCAUUUGUUGGGACUGCUUUCCUUUCUGUACAUUUGGCAUUCAAUACUCAGGCUUUCAAGAAUUGCCAGUCUUCACAGUCACCUGAUGUAUGCAUGUUCCUGGGUUCCUCAUCAGAUGGCCUCGUGUCUUUAAUGCUGAUGCUCACCCUGCUGGAGCUGACUAUGACCAUUUUUCUCUCAGCCAUGUGGUGCCUAGGCAAUGUCUGUGGUUCAAGAGAGGCAAUUAUUUUACCUCCUAAUUCUGUGGAAUCAGGAAUACCUCCUGAAGGAAGUGAUUCUGAGAACCUGAACGCUCAGGCUCAAGCCACCGAAGAGUGAGAACUUCAUUUGAAAACUCAGCAGAACAUGAACAGAUGAAAUGCAAUCCUUCUGUCAUGGAAAUAUUCACAAGAAAGCUGGAAUCUGUCCCAAUUCUUUCCCCCUUCCCUGUAACUCUACUAGCAUGGUCUAGAUCUGGAUGAAUAAAUAUAUUUCCUUAGGU